GAGCGAGAGAGGGAGUGAGAGCGAAGGAGAGAGAGAAUGCCACUGUGCUUAAAUCCAGCUGGCUGCCUCCCUGGGAAUGUAAUCCAUAUGUGAGCGCGAGUUCAGCUGCAGGAAAAAGAAAAGAUAUUACCCGCAAAGAAGCGAUUGUUUCUGCUUUUCUUGUUUAAAUUCCACUCAUUCUGGCCCCUGGACCCUGGCUCUGGUUCAACAGUCGACACAAAAAGAGAGGUAUAGCGUGGAGAAGGACAAAGUGAGAGUUGAGAGAAAGUUGGAGAGGAUAAAAACGAAGGCGAAAGGAGCAGUAGAGAACAAUAUACCGAUUAGGGAUCCGAUAGAAGAAUGAAAGAGGACACGCCGGAGAAAGGCGUAGUGAGUCAAAAUGACCCUAAUGGAACAGCUGGACACCAGCAAGUGAUCCAGACACACCUUGAAGAGAACGGACCUUUGAAACCCUUGCUGAGAUCUGAUUCGGAAAUGAACGGCAAGGCGGGUGGCAGGAGGCCCGUGAACAAAGUCAGUGAAGCAAACAGCAAUGCCAACAAUCUCAGCAUUGUUUCUGAGAUGCCCCCAGACUCCCAGAACUGCACACGGGGCACGCGCACACCCACACCCAAGCGAGCCGCCAUGUUUGGGAAGCGCUCCAACUCCAUGCGACGCAACCCCAAUGCUGAGGUGGCCCGGCAGGGUUGGCUUCACAAACAGGCAAGCAGUGGUAUGAAACAGUGGAACAAGCGCUGGUUCGUGCUGACAGAUCGAUCUCUUUUCUACUAUAAAGACGAGAAGGAAGAAGUAGUCUUGGGCAGCCUUCCUCUUCUCAGCUUCAAGAUUGGAGCACUCCAGGCAUCGGAUAACAUCAGCCGCAAGUUUGCGUUGAAGGUGUGGUGCGAAAGCAACGAAGAGGAGGAGGAGGAGGAAGAGGAAAGUGAGGAUUUAAAGGGCAGUAUUGCGUUCUGUUUGCAGGUUGAGCACACAGGAACUCGUACAUACUACUUCAGUGCAGACAGCCAGAAGGAGCAGGAGGAGUGGAUCCAAGCCAUGAGUGAGGCUGCCAGGGUCCACAUCCCAGCCACAUCCAGAAAUAAAUCUGAUCCCGUCCCUGCAGCAGAUGAAAACGACAUGGUAGCCAAACGUCUCGAGCCCAACUCUCAUGCAGAGAACGGCCAGAGGCCAGAUGUCCACGAGCCUGUCAAACACGAGCUUAACGGUGUAGAAACCAGAGACACCACGCCCAGCACCCCAGUGACCCCAGUUACCCCUAAUAUAGGAGGCAGGAUGGGGGAGAAAGGAGUCCUGGCACCCCAUCACCCCAACGGCUGGGGUAGCUAUGGUCCUCCCAACGGUUCAAGAUACCAGUCCCAAGAGAAUGUGAGGGACAUGCGUGAGCCGCAUGAGGAGAAUGUGGUGAUGCGGAGAGGCUUUGUGCCCAGGACGGCACCAGAGAGACUCGCCCAGAGGAAGACCUCCAUGACGCAGCUGCAGCAGUGGGUCAGCCAGCGGCGGGCCAUGGUGCCUCAAGACGACGGCCGCAGUCCAUCCAGGUACUACACAGUAAACCGAGCUAUGUCAGCAGACUAUUACGGUGUGUAUAACGGCCCUCCAUAUGUAGAUGACUAUCCCCUCUACCCACCUGGUGUGCGACCUGAGAGCAUCUGCUCCAUGUCGGCUGCAUACAACCGACCGCCUCCUCGCUGGACCAUGGAAGAGAGAAGGCGGUCAUUGCGAGAUGGACCCUUAUAUGGUCAACCUCGGGACCCUCAGUGGAUGAUGGGACCCCAGGGUCCUGCCUAUUACUCCCAGUUGGACUCAGCGCAGAACUCUAUGAGACGGCUUUCCAUACAGCCCCGCUCGCGGUCGGCCCCUCGUUCACCCUCCUCUUCAUCGGGAGGACCCUACUCUCCACACAGCUUCGCCUCACCUGCCCGAUCGCCCAGUGUCAGGUUUGAUCGGGGACCUGGCCGACUCAGAGAGGAGGGAAUAUAUGCUGACCCCUCAGUCUACGGGCUCCGCAGGUCACUGAGCUCACCUAAGUAUGAUUUCCCUGGAGAUAGACGCUCCUACAGCCAAGGAAUGCACCACUACAACUACCCAGCAUCCCCUUCGCUCCAUAGUAAAAUGGAGGACAUUUUAGACGUGCAGCUUCAGAGGAACCUGGAGUACCUAGAUCAGCAGAUGACAGAUGGUGAUCACCUAAUCGGCAUGGUAACCAGAAUGGUUGAGCGUUCCUCUCCUCGAGCAAAACUAUUCUCACAAGUGCCUCCAUUCCAUGAUGUGUACGGUGAUCUACAUCCCACGCUGAAGCUUAAUGAGAUUGAGACCAGUAAACUACUGGGCCGCUUGUGUGAGCAGAAUCGACUUGUGAAAGAGCAGGAGGCUGUAGUUCAUCGUUUGCGAAUGGAAAAGGACAGUCUAGAGGGGGUGCUGGUGGCCACACAUCAGGAGAUGGAGCUGUACAGGAGCCAGCCGCUGGCCAUGGAGAAACUUCAGCUGAAGAAGGAGAGUCUACAAAACAAGCUGAUUAACAUCAGAGGAGAGCUGUCUCAGGCCUCCAGUGCCCUGACCACCACCCGUAUGGAGUUCGAAGCACUAGAGGAUGAAGUAAACAGCAUCCAUGGUGACCUGUGGGAACAGCUGAACGCUGGAGGGCAGAGUGAGCUGGUACACGGGCACAUUCAGAGGGAGUUCUGGAGGGUUCAGGAUGUUUUGGAGGGGCUGCACAAGAACAACCCGUCUCGUGGCACGGACACGGCUAAGCACAGAGUAGCCAGUGGAGCAUCCGGCUCUUUCAGCACAAACAGUCCUGCGAGUCCCUUGAGUUCAGUGAGUCUGACGAGUCCUCUCAGCCCCUUCUCUCCUGUCCCUGGCUCUCAGGCCUCUCCCACUAAACAGCUGGCCACAGAGGAGGUUGGUCCUCCACGACCUCCACUUCCUAAAUCUUACCAGCCCCUGGAAUCCUCCCAGUCCUUUCCCCCCUCUGUUCCUCCCCUACCCUUAGACAGCAAUGCCUGGCUGCGCAGCAUGGGCCCCCAUUCAGGCAUCCAUCAGGAAGGCUACAAGGACAACGAAGAAUUCCGCAGCAGAAAGCACAACUACAACUCACAAGGAGAAAAGAUCAACGACUUUGAUGCAGAAUCCAACCAGAAUAAAGUUGGAAUUGUUCCACCCAGGACCAAGUCGUCUUCACAAGACAAGAACAAUUCUGAUGGCGUCCAACGAAGAAAUGGGAAGGUGUCCAAUGGUCACAUUUCCAGAGAGAGGCCAAAGAGUGCGGUGUUCCCCGCAGAGGUAAAGUCUAAAAUGAGUGUGGAGGAACAGAAUGAGAGGAUACGAAGAAACCAGAGCAGCUCCGUCAGAGACAAGAGGCGCAGCCUCAACCUCUCCAGCAAUCAGAACAUUGAUGGCUACAAAUCUUCUACUAACUACAGAGUGGUGCGGAGGAGAGUAACAACUGAUGAGGUGGAUAUUAAGGAUCUUGAGGCGGCCGUGAGGGGAGAAGGUGUGGAGUCACCCAGGCAGGAAAUUGCUCGUUUGCGACGACAGGUGGAACCAGAACACUAUGACCUGGAUCUCAACAAAGAGCUGUCCAUGCCGGAUAAAGUCCUGAUCCCUGAGCGAUACUUGGACAUUGAACCCAGUACACCACUCAGCCCAGAAGAGCUGCGGGAGAAACAGAAGAAAGUUGAAAGAAUCAAGACACUGAUUGCCAAAUCAAACCUGCAAAAUGUGGUGCCGGUGUUGGACGGGCCAGUGGAGGGAACCAGUAACCCAGAGCAGCAGCUUCAGGAGCAGGAGAAACGCAUCGAGAUUUCCUGUGCUCUGGCUGCCGAGGCCUCCCGCCGUAGCCGGCUGCUCUCCGCCCAGUGCGUCCCCAGUCCCCCUGCCUCCCCAACCAGCCUGGUCCCUCCCCCUUCUGCUGACUACUCUGACUCCUCCCACAUCAUGAAGGUGUGAAGCUCAAGCUCUUGCAGCUGUCAAAUUUGACGAUGAACCCUUCUGAGUGUCCAGCAGACAAAGAAAAGACGGG